AUGAUUUUUUUCAACGCAUAUAGCGGUACAUCAACCAAGGGCAAUACUAUAAGCUCCGCAAACACACAAACUUCACAAGAUACAACCUCGGCCACGAACUCCGUUCAAACGACCACUGCUCCGUCAACUACAGUCAAAGAUACUACUAAAGAUACUAAAACCUCAAAUUCGGCUACUAGUUCUGCUUCAAGCUCUGCCCAAGAAAGCGGAGUUUCAUCUACUUUAGCAGUAACUGGAAGCCUGGUAUCUUCAAAAAAUUCAGAAUCUUCAAACACCGGGAGUACACAUAUUUCUGCGACAACUACCUCAGCUUCAGCCAUUGUUAUCACAGCAAGUAAUACGAUUUCUUCUGAUACUGGUACAAAACCCACACUUAGCGCUGUUCAGAUUACUGCUGUUAAUACUUUAAAUUCAGGUAGUGCUAGUGGUCUUCCUGGUCUUAGCACAGCUUUGCCUACACUUUCAUCAACGGGAGCAACAAUCCCAACUGUAACUGUUCCCUCUAAUGCCAAUAAUCCUUUUAUGAAGCAGUCAUCUCUUCCUGAAGGAACAGUUUUCAUUGCUGUUGGCUCUAUUCUUCUUGGUAUUGCGCUGGCCGUAAUUGGAUGGAACAUUGCAAUGUUUAUUAUUGCCAGAAAUUCAAAGUAUAUUGACUACACACCUGCUGGUGGGUUUGGAACUAAGGGACCUGGUGAUUCCAAGACAGCUUUUUCAGGUGACCAUUCUAAAACCCUAGAAGGAUCAGAGGUUGGGACCUCUGGCGUGACUGGUGGAGCGGCUGCUAGAGUUAUGUCUCAAGUGGGCUUUGGUGGUGGAAACGAUAACGCGGAACGAACAAGAUCAAUGUAUAAUUCCGGCUUGUUUUUCUCUCCCACUGCAGAAGUUAUGAAUAAUGCUCAGCAUCAGGGUGCUGUUUUACCAGGAUCAACACCAGGUGCUGCUGAUUCUUUAACUUCAACUGUCAAUUCUGCAGCAGGUGUUGGCGUUAGUCCCUCUACAUUGGGUGCUGCUGCUGCUGCAAGUGCUGGCGCUACUAGAACAUCGGUUUAUAUGCCAUCGGGAUACUAUGCCCCAGCAACUUCUGCGGGAAUUACUGGGAAUACAACAAUGUCAAUUUACAGUACCGCAGGAACUAAUACUAACAAUCGAAAUACGAUAGGGCCUACAAGAGAAUCUGUAAGAGCUCCUAGUGCAUAUUUAGAUGACUUCCUAGGACAAGAUAGCUAA